AUGCCGCCAUAUCCUGACGAGCAGUUACCGACGGAAACAUUAUCUAUGCAGGAAUUUGUGGAGCUCGCCAAGGAAAUGUUGACAGGACGCCUCACAGUCCCCGAUUUUGUCAGGCUUGUGCUGGCAGGACGUAAAAAGACGGCCGCGGGAGAAAGACGUCUGAAUAUAAACGUCUUCAAGGACUGCGUGUCCCCUGCCGAUAUCGACAACAUCGCGGUUACCAGAGACUUCGACUCCAUUAUCGGAAUCACCACAAACAUCCCCUUGCGGACCUCGUUGGCGGUUUACCCAGCGGCAAACUUCAGAGACAGCCUACUAAAGUCAAAUCAUCUGAAGAAAACAAUUCGAUUGGCUCACUGGGACCAUUUGCGCCAGAUUGACCUUCAUCGAAUUCCAAACGUAUGCCUAGGCACCGCCGGUCAUCGGCAGAAGACGAUGAUUUUUUUCCCUCAUAUGUACAAGCCAGAAGGCGUUCCUCGCGUCAGCAAAGAGGAAAUGGCUCUCCUAUAUGACUCCUGCAUCAGGCCAACGGUUGUAGCUGUUGAGCCAAAGUCCAUCGCUCAUUGGCCCGUUAAUUAUGAAGCAUGCCUAAUGUCCAUGCGGGAUAUGCGAAAACAGUUCCACUUCACGACCCGGAACAUACCUCACCGCAAGUUGCACGACUUUGCAACAACUCUCCGCACCAACUUGAACAACCACCCGGUCUUCCGCGACAGCUUCUUCGUGCACGAACUACGAGGAAUCAAGGGGAGAACCAUUCACAGCGCAGCCAACCCACAAGACUGUGACGACGCUUUCGAUGAUGCCUUCGCAACAUUCGAGACGGGCCAGAUGCUUCAAACCCCCAUGUCCCAGUGGUACAUUGAUGUUGGAGUGGAGAUCCAUGCACCGGGCCUAGCGCUGCAAUGGCGUACUGACAGUCAUCAAAAGGUACUGGAGUAUGCUCUGCCAACCCCAUCAGUGGAGGAAAUUUCGCAGACCAUCGAGGGAAGACAUUUCAAGAAGGAUGUCUGUUCUCUGCUCUAUGACCUGUCCGGAUUCCGCGUCGAGGUACCCACACUUGGUGCCGACGACCAUGUAAAAUAUGUCAACGUUUACACAACAGACAAGUGUGCGACAUAUCAGAUUCAUCCAGGCCAAUUUCGCCGACACAGAGCCCAGGACCUUCUACCCCACCGCUUGAAGUCAUUCUUAUCAGAUGUUGAGUCACUUGGUGUACUCUACGACACCUGCGCUGGUCAUGAAGCCGAAGUCAAACAAGAGGGCUCCGCAAGACUGGAGCUUCGGGCAGCAGUUUUUCCAGGUUCCCCAACAUCUCACAUGUUGAGAGACGUUACCCAAGAGCUGAUCGAGUCUUCAAUUGUUGGAUUUGACCCUAUUGAUUGGUGGUAA